AUGUUGGAUGAAUUUCCUGUGAAGUUCAAGGAAAAUGAAGGGUGUAAGACACCAGCAAGUAACAAUUUGCUAUCAAUCGGAAAAGGAGAAAAAUUGGAUGAUGAGAAACGUGAAACGUUUCACACAUUCAUUGCCAAAGGAUUAUUUCUGAGUAAGAGAGCAAGAUUGGAUAUUGCUCCAACUAUUUCAGUACUUUCUACAAGAGUACAGAAACCAAAUGAAACUGAUUGGAAGAAGCUAGUGAAGCUGAUGUAUUAUCUGAAUGGAACAAAGGGAAUGCACCUGACGCUGAGUGCAAAAGAUUUACGAACUUUCAAAUGGUAUAUUGAUGCAUCAUUUGCAGUUCAUCCAGAUUUCAGAAGUCACACUGGAGGUGUAUUGACUAUGGGUGAGGGAGGAUUGCAAAUAAUCUUGAAGAAGCAGAAAUUGAACAGUCAAAGUUUGACAGAAGCCAAAUUGAUUGGUGACAAUGAUGCUGCAACACAGAUAUUGUGGACAAAAUUGUUUGUGGAAGCACAAGGUUAUCCUGUUGAAGAGAACAUCCUAUACCAGGGUAACAAGAGUCCUAUUCUAUUGGAAAAGAAUGGACGUGAUAGUGCCGGAAAGCGAAGCCAAGCUUUGAACAUUCGAUAUUUCUUUAUGACUGAUCAAGUCAAGAAAGGAAAUGUGACUAUUGAAUAUUGUCCAACUGAAAAGAUGUGGGGAGAUUUCAUGAGCAAACCUCUACAGGGACAAAAAUACUUGAAAAUCAGAUCAUUUAUUCAAGGAGAACAAGAUUAG